AUGACAGGCAGGACAGAGGUCGCGGAUGGCUGGCUCCUCUGUCCGGCGACGGGUCCUGACCAGGCCAGCCGGCGAGGCGCGGAGCACCUAGCAGUAGCUGCUGCCACUACUGUCCGAGGUGGAGGAGUACGAGGUGCUGCUCGAGGACGAGUCGUACGAGGUGCUACCAGAGGACGAGCCGUACGAGCUGCUCGAGACUCCUCCGCUGUAGUUACCCCCGCUGUACCCGCUAUACCCGCCAUAUCCGCUGCUAUAGCCCCCGCUCCCACUCCCACCCCCGCUCGCACAGCAAGUGCCAGUCUCGGCCGUCCCCGACCCCUUGGCCGUGCCCGUGACCUCUCCCGAUCCCAGACAGCUGUCGCCUACGCCCGAGCUAGCAACCGCGCAGGUACCAGCGAGGAGAGCGCCGCUGUCAGAGUCACUGGUACUCACAACGCUGAGCGUGCCCGGUCCGACAUCCCGGCUUCGGAUGUAUGCACCGCGAGAGCGGGUAGAGGAAGAGAGUGUGCCGCCGCGAAUGAUGGGCUUGGGCUUGGGGGCGGUGAUGGUGGGGGAGGGGGCGACGAGGGGCUCCGGCUCGGGAGUGAGGGGCUGGUCGGUGGAGGGGAGGGUGUGCUCCGCAGUGCUCUCUGGGAGCGUGGUGUUGCUGCUGGUGGUGCGCCCGAAGGGCUUCUCGGCGGUAGGGAUGGUAGACGGACGGUCGAUGGAGAGACUGUCCUGCUUCUGAGAGAUGGAAGGUGGAGUGGGUCAGGGAGGAGAGCGGCGGAAGGUGGUGAGGGAGUUGGGGGUCUUACAGGUUUGGUCGAUGUGACUGGCGAGUGGUGCGAUGAGGGUUCCGGUCCUUCGAGAUACCGGGCGGAGCUCGAGUUAAAGGAACGUGCGAGUCCUCCUACCAAUCUCAGCCGUAGUGCCGAAUCUGAAACAGGAGGAAUGCAUGCGGAUUCCGCCAUCGUCGCCGCUGGAGGUCCGGCCGUGAGCGGAUCGUGCCGGUUUCAGAUUGGCUGCAGACCGCUCAAGACCUCCACAGAUUUUUCCAGCGAGUGCAAGCUUCCCUUUCGCCACUCUCGAGGCCGAGCUGUUCUGAUGAAGCUUCUCGGCCUUGACAUCCAGCAGACGAGCGCUCUCAUAGCUCCUUUGGGACCGGGUACAGCUACUCGUACAUGUGCAGCUGCUGGUCCAACUCCGCUAUGGUCGUUACAGACCCCACAGUGCCAUUGA